AACUCAACCAGCGGAAAAUGGAAGUUCAAGUAAUCGGUGAGGACAUCACACCAGAAGAGGUGACCGCCGAAAUGGGCUGGCGCACCGCCCGUUCCCGCCGUCCCGACAAGAAACCUGGCCAAAACUCAUCUCACGACGACCCGCCCCAAUCGCAAGACUCCCGCUCUCGCUCUAAAACCAGGAAGAACGUUAAAUCUCAAGUCCUCAAGGCCGGACGUAUGCCCCAAUUACCCAAGAACGAAAUUAAGAUCAUUGUGAGACCUAAAGGGGCGCUAAAUAUCCCCAAAGUCGGCAGCCCCACAGUGACGGCAGCUAUUUUCCAAGCAACACAACUUAGCCCGGAAGAAAGCCAAGACGACACGAUCUGCCCGAACGUUCAACAAAACAUCGUCGUGAUCAGCACGCCCCGACCGCACAAUGCUGACAGGUACGUGCGCAUGAAAUCUAUCCACGUCAAUGGUGUCACCCACGAAGUCAACGCAUACGAGGCAGCCCCGGACAACACUACCAAGGGAGUUAUCCGAGGUAUUCCCCUCACCGAUAGCGCCCAGGAAAUCGACGCGAACAUCAUAAAUGCCCGCAAUCCAUUAGCCCUGGCCGCCAAGCGCAUCGGUUCCACCACGACCAUCGUAAUCGCCUUCGACGGACCCAGUGUUCCGCACUUGGUCCGAUACGGCGCAACACUGAUCCCCUGCUGCUUGUACCGAAAGCAAAUCGACAUAUGUUACCACUGUGGCCGUCUCGGGCACCGCAUGGACGUUUGUCCAUUCCCCAACAACAAGAUCUGCAGGGGCUGCGGCGCCCGCAAUCCUGAACAAGAUCAUCAGUGCACCCCCAAGUGCACGCUGUGCGGUGGACCCCACCCCACGGCGGACAAAGGGUGCACGGCCAAAUACAAAACGCCAUACGUCAUCCGGAAACGCCUCUGGGAACAACGCAUGGCACAGCAAUCACUCCCUCAACCAGGUGAUUUCCCGCCCAUAGACACCAACCACCGCUCCCGCUCCCAACCCAGAGCAGACCGUUCCCGGUCAAGAUCUAGGUCGACCCCAAGAGUCCGACAAACUUCGGAAAAGCGACUGCCGCCACCACAGCCACGACAGAACCACCAACAACGGCAGCCGGGACCAGGCCCGCAGCCAGACCAACAACAACAGGUGAGCUGGGCAGAUAGGGUCUCCCUGCCCCCUAAGCCUCAACAUAAGGACAGUGGCAGAUCCGCCCUAGAACUACAGCUAGCCCAAAUUCAGUCCGUGUUGAAUCAGGUGUUAAGAGAGAACAGGAAUCUUAAAGCAGAAAUCGCUCAAUUAAAGACAGAGAAAGUAAAAGGCAGGAGCCGCACACCGUGA